AUGCGGUUCAUAAUCAGCGAGAUGAUCAAAAGCAAUCCCAACGUUUUCGAGCUUUUUCGCGACGAUACGACUACAGUGUUCUGGGAGGGCAACUACAAGAAGGCUAUCAUUCAAUCUGGUGCAGGUCAGUCUCUAUUCGGGGACUUUGAUCCGCACGAGCGGCAUCGCAGGGCGGAAGCAUCCAGCGCUGUCCAAGAACAGAGCAACGCAUCAGCGGCGAUGCAAAGUAGUGCAAUUGGGGGGAAAGCGCCUGGAGCAGCUACGUCGUCUUCUAGUAACAACAUUGAAGCACCUCUCAUCGAAGAUUCUGCUAACUUGUUUCCAGUGGAUCCGGAAUUUGAGUACCUCUUUGCCGAGGACGUGAAUCCGGCAAACCUGGUGAUGGAAGACGACAUGGGGGACGUCUUUGGCGACGGCGUUAAUGAUUUCGAUGACCCCUCCGCUAACUGGCCGCCAGCCGCGGAGCGGCUACUACCCGCAGGUAGCGACCCCACCGCCGGCUCAUCAAGAGAUCCACCUCCAGCGCUUCGUCCUGUCUCGGUCGAUGAGUUCAGUGCCCCCGCUGGUGAUUAUCAGGAGGAAGAGGCGUUGCAGAUCAAUGUAGAACUAGCAGAGUUUAUCGAGAAUGUCACACUCACGGAGACGGAGUGGGCGGAAGUGUUUUACAUCUGCAUGUACGGGAUUCAAGAGGGAGAGGCGAAUCUUGUUCAGGAGAAUUUCUAUCCUGUCGGCCGUGUUCAUGCUGGAAAAAACGCGGUAGUUGAGGCCCCUGUGUCCACCAUCCGGACAACAGCUCAGAAGUUCAUCUUCAAACUAGAAGAAUUCAGGAGGAAGCAGCGUGUUGCAGCUAUUCCUGCACGCGGAAAAGGAGGUGGCAAGGCAAUGAAGAAAGCGGCUGCAAAACCUAAAGCGGCGCGGCAGAUGCAGGGAGGUGGAGGCGUGAAGAUUAGCACGACGGAUGCUGGUCUCAACGAGAUGCAAGGAAACCGCGAUCGGUUCAACGUUGGAGACGAGGCUGAGGAGGAGAAUGUGGUAUUACUUAUCUUCGAACAAAAAUACCUUCCGACGUCGAGUUUUAUGCAUGUCGAAAGUAACCUUUCUUUCUCUGACGUUGGACGCUGGUUGUAUUUGUGACUGUUGCUCUUAUCUUCUCUAAACAACACAGAACGACGAGGAGCCGGAAGUGGAGCUGGAUUCUGAUAUUAACAUGCUGGUCAACGAUCCAUCGUUUAGGCCUCUUGCUGCGUGCUUGAAUGGGAAUAAGGUUCUUGACAAAGAGUGGAAGAAAGUUCGUGAAGAGUUCACGACUGAGGCUGGCAAGAAGAAGAUCGAGUCGUCGAAAGCGAAAUUCCACCGAGAAGAUCUCUGCCUUGAAAGUUUGCACCUCAUAGACCUCGGUAAGCGCUGGCCGGUGAAGUGCUUCUCCUGCGGCAAAACGAUUGGCGAGAUGUGGAAGGGCUGGGUGACGAAUAAUGGUCCGACUCUGUAUUACCGUGGUCACAAUCAAAAAACACCGUACAACAAGGCGCUCGGUCCAGAAUCUCACAUCAAGGUGCAUGCUCAGUCAGUCUACCGCUGUCUUUGUGGGUGGUGGAAGCGGGGCACGCUUUGGACAACCAAAGACGCCACAAUGCUCAUCGACCAGUCAAAGCUGUGGCAGUGUGCAAUUUUUUUGGCGACGCAUCGUCUAAUGAGUGAGGCAGCAUCGUGCAAGGGCAGGUGCACUGCACGCACAAAGUUCGACACUCUCUCCAGAAGCAACACUUUCAAAGCUCGCCAAAAGGCGAAUCCGGGUUAA